AUGGUUACCCACCAUAUGAUUCACGGCCCUUGCGGGACCCAAAACAUGAAUAGUCCAUGCAUGGAUGGGAAUAAUUGCACAAAGGACUUCCCUAAGGAUUUCUCAGCUGAAACCAUCGCCAGUAUUGGAGGCUACCCGAGAUACAGAAGAAGGGAAAAUGGGGUCACCGCAACGGUGGGACAAAAAUCGAUCAACAACCAAUGGGUCGUGCCUUAUAAUCCUUUUCUGCUGCUUAAAUACAACUGCCACAUCAACAUCGAAGUUUGUGCUACAAUUAAAAGUGUAAAAUAUUUAUUCAAGUACGUGUACAAAGGGCAUGACUGUGCAAAUGUUGAGAUUCGUGAGAAUGCUAAUCAACACGAUGAAGUGAAGUCCUUUCUUGAUGCUAGAUAUAUCAGUCCUCCAGAAGCUGCGUGGCGGUUGUUCGGGUACCGAAUGCACCAGCAAACACACACCGUUUCCAGACUGCAAGUCCACCUCCCUAACGAGCAGAUGAUUGUUUUUCAAAAAGACAGUAUACCAUCUGCUGUUAGGAACGCCGCCGCUACAGACACCACUCUCACGGCUUGGUUUAAGUUGAACCAGAUUGACUCGGACGCAAGGAAUUUAUUCUAUUUUGAAGUCCCAGAGCAUUACAUCUUUGAAAACUUGGCGGCCCAGGAGGAUAACACAAUAAAGCAGAAAAUCUGGAGAAAAAGGAGGAACCGCCGUGGUGAAAAAACCAUAGGCCGCAUAUAUACAGUCAGCUUCUCAGAAACCGAGCGUUAUUGCCUACGAAUGCUUCUCCUCCACAAGAAGGGUGUUACGUCAUUUGAGGAUUUAAGAACAAUCAAUGGAACCAUCCACGAUAACUUUCAACAAGCCGCUGCUGCUCUGGGAUUAUUAGAUAGUAACGAAAUAUGGGAAGAAACCUUGGACGAUGCGGUGAUAUCUGGAAUGCCAUAUCAAUUGCGCCAGUUGUUUGCCCUAAUAUGCAUUUUUGCCUGUCCAAUGAAUAUUGUUUCUCUCUGGGAAAAGUACAAAGUCUCAUUGAUGGAAGAUGAUUUUGGUCACCGCCACCCAGAAGACUGUCAGCAUUGUAUGAACCUGGCACUACGAGACAUCCAAGAGACCCUCGCUAUUCAUGGAAAAUUCUGUAAUGACUUUGGCCUCCCGAAACCAAGACCAGUCGGCUUAGGGGCACCCAUCACCAACUUUAAUCCUUUGGAGCAAGAGUUACUUGGGUUAGAAAUGUCCCGUAAUUUAAAUGCUGAACAACUUGCUGCUUUCGAGUUAAUUUGUGCCUCCAUAGUUGACCCUACAGAGAAAUCAAAAUGCUACUUUAUUGAUGGACCCGGUGGGAGUGGAAAAACUUAUUUGUAUAAGACUUUGAUCAGCACAUUGCGAGGGGAGAACAAGAUCGUUGUUUCAACAGCUUCCACUGGCAUUGCUGCGAAUCUCUUACCAAAUGGCGAACUUAUCACUCUCAAUAUAAGCUGCCAGUCCCACUGGUAG